AUGCAGCAGGCUGGGGCAUCCGUCUCGGAAGUAGAAGUGACAUGGGAGGACCAGCAGAAUAUUAAUAAGUUUGGCAGAUUAAAUAACAGGCUUCACGAACUCGAAGAUGAAAUCAAGAUAGCUAAGGAAACAAAUGAGAGUCUCGAGGACGCAAGCAAUGAGUUGAUUCUCACUGAUGAAGAUAUAGUGCGAUUCCAGAUAGGGGAGGUAUUUGCUCACGUCCCAAAAGAUGAAGUCGAGAACAGGAUCGAGCAGACGAAAGAGGUUACUGAAAAGAACUUGGAGAAAUUGACUGAAGAGAAGGAAUCCAUAGUUAGUCAGAUGGCUGAAUUGAAGAAGAUUUUGUAUAGCAAGUUCAAGGAUUCCAUCAAUCUUGAGGAGGAUUAG